UGUAAAGCCAAAAUAAUUCAUGGUAAAGUUCCCAGCUCUUGCAAGUGGCCAUGAAGUUAUCUUUUCUUUUGACAGUAUGUGGCCAUGAACUCUUCAUGACAUCUUUGAAAUACCAGAAUUCACAGGAGGCCAUUAGAUGAUUUCAAGCUAACUCUUUGUUGGAGGUAGAGAAGGAUGGCUGAGGCUGUGGUAAAGUCCCUGUUAGGAAAAAUGGGUGAGCUACUUCAAAAGGAAGGUCCACUACUCUCAGUUGUCCACAUGAUGAUGUUCGAUGGAUCAAAACCGAGCUCGAGAACGAACAAUUUCCUCAAUUUUGAAGGUAAAUUAAGAGAGAGAUAUCAAAUAGUGGAUGCUUUCAUUGAGCAAGUGAGAGAGUGGACCUAUGAUACUGAAGAUAUUCUUGAUGAAUUCAUUGUUCAGAUGGGGAGUAUGAAUCAAACGAGUGGAUCCAUGGGCUACCUUUUAUCUCCAGGCCGCGCUGUCAAGGAAGUGUAUAUUCGCCACCAAUUUGCAACAAACAUGCACAAUAUCAAAGCAAGCGGCAGUGGUAUUAUAGAGAAGAGGGACCAGUUCAUGCUUCAAUGGAAAGAAGAAGCAAGCUCCUCAAAUGCCACGGCAACUGCUGUAUAUUCACGAUCACUUUCCUCUUUGGUUGAGGGAGCAUAUGUCAUUGGAAUUGAGUGCAAAGUGAAAAGAGUAGAAGGGUUGUUGCUGGAAGGUGAGCCACAACUGAUGUUAAUUUCGAUCGUUGGCAUGGGCGGCUUGGGGAAACUUACCCUUGCACAUACAAUUUAUAGUAGGCGUAGUGUUAAGGAACAUUUUCGUUGCCGUGCUUGGGUUAUAGUGUCACAGUCAUUCACACCAGAGCGGAUUUUAAGCUCCAUACUAGUAGAAUUUCAGGGUGCUCAUGUACUAGAGCGUGUAAUGGAUGUGCGAGCUCUGCGACGAGAGCUGCAUGGGUACUUGGAAGGUAAGACUUUUCUUGUGGUGUUGGAUGAUGUAUGGAGCGAAUGGGUGUGGGCAGAAGUGUGCACUUCAUAUCCCGAUGCUGGAAAUGCGAGUCGGUUCAUCAUUACAGCUCGUAAUGAAGGGGCUUUACCUUCACCAAAACACAUCAAGACUGAAGUGUAUACCCUUGAAUUCCUUUCGGAAAAGGAUGCAUGGUCCCUCUUUUGCAAGAAUGUAUUUGGGAAGGAAGCAUGUCCACCAGAACUAGUGGAUGCAGCGUGUCUCAUAGUUAAGAAAUGUGGUGGUCUACCACUGGCAAUUGUGGAUAUUGGGAGAAUGAUGUCUAAGAAGAAACCAUAUGAGUGGGCAACAGUUCGCUAUUCUCUAGAGUGGGAAUUGAGCAAUCGAUCCCAAUUUUAUUUGGUGGGGGGCGAAGUGGUUAGGGGUGUUUUGUUACUAUCUUAUGAGGAUUUGCCGGCUUUCCUAAAACAUUGUUUCUUGCAUUGUUGCUUAUACCCAAAGGACUAUUUGAUUUUCCGUUCGAAAUUGGUUAGGCAAUAGAUAGGUGAGAUUUUUAUAGGAGGAAGACAAGGAAUGUUAGAUGAGGAGGUAGCUGAGGAAUACUUUAAAGACUUGCUUGAUAGGAAUUUGAUUCUUGUGGGGGGAGGGGGGGGAAUUGGUAGGAGUGAGCAUGUCGAGUGCACAUUGUAGUUCGUGCACUUGGCAUUGAUUUAUCACACAAAAAGAAGUUUGGAGUAUUUUAUUAUGACCAAAAUGAAGAACCUAACCCGAGGAGUCGGCGUGUCUCCAUGAACCGCAAUUCUACAUUGAUCCAUAGACAUAGAGAAAUGUCUUGUCUCCGGACAUUCUUCACGUUCGGCAUGGAUAGAGAAGCAGAAACAGAAACAGAAUCGGGAACCGAUUCAGUUAUGCCUGGAUUUUUGUGUAGCUCAAGAUUCAUGCGUUGUCUCAAAACCCUCCUUGAGUGCUUCAUACAUAUAGAACUAGAAACAGGGUGGGUACCUUACUCUUAGCUAUGCCUGGCUUUUUGUGUAGCUCAAGAUUUUUGAGGGUCUUGGACCUUCACGGCAUGAGGCUUAAGCGCAUGCCAGAAGUUGGGCACCUCGUUCUUGUCAGAUACUUUACAAUAGAGGGUUCAUCCUGGGAUGAUGUCGUAGAGGUCCCAGAAUCUAUCGCGAACUUAACAUGUCUACAAACCCUACACUUGAAUAGCAUGAAAGGAAGUUUGCCGAGUGGGAUCUCAAAUCUGGUUAGUUUGAAGUGUUUGAAAUUAUCUUACUGGAAUUCUUCUGGGGUGACAGGUUUAAAUGCUCCAGAAAGGAUUGGAGGCUUGACUAAACUCCAACUUUGAAAUAUGUUGCUGUUGAUUCAAACUUUGUUAAAUACCUAACCCACUUGAUGCAGCUUCGUUUGCUAAAGAUUGAGUUAAUGAGUGACAAAGAUGGGGAGGCAUUGUGCUCCUCUAUCCAAAAAAUGAAAUUUCUGCAUUCCCUCAGCAUAACCACCUCUGAGGGUACUUUACCGAUGAGGGAAUUAUUAUCGCCUUCCCAAAUGAUAACUCUUCAUAAACUGCGUCUGUGGGGGAGAUUGGAGGGGCUACCAAGUUGGUUUAAUUCUUCCCUCUCAUCCCUCACCGUGGUAGAAUUGGGCAAUUCCUUUCUGAGGAGGGAUCCAUUUCGUACCUUUCAAAAAUUGCCCGAACUUACGCAUCUGGAUAUAAACACCAGAGCAUACUCGGGUGAGCAAAUAGGAGAAUGGUGCAUCGGGGUAUCCUAAGCUUCAAUUUCUCCAUUUGACUCGAUUAUAUGAAUUGAGAGAGUGGAGAGAAGUGAAGAAGGGCGCUAUGCCCUGCUUGAGGGAAGACUGCAAAAAUCUGAGCGCAUUGCCGGAAGGCUUCCAGAACCUGUGUUCCCUUCAGACCUUGCGAGUUCGUUGCAUGUCAGAUGAGUUUAUGGAUGGGCUGAGGCAUGAAGACCGUUACAAAGUGCAGCAUAUCCCUGUUGUUCAAUAUGAUUAGCGCUAUAAUGAAAACUGAAUGCCUUUAGGGAGGUUAUUCAUGUGCAGCAUAAUAUUCAUGUUUCCUAGAUUUACUCCCAUCUUUCUCUUGAUUGUUUCCCAUGUGUUUUGCCCAUUAAACUCUCUUCAUUUGCUACUUUUUUUCGUUGUUCUUUAUUUUGGAGAAUGGGGAUUUUCAUUAUAAAUGUUGUAGAUGGGAGGUGGUUUUAGCCUUUUAUGUGUUGGGGAAAAGAAAAAACAAUAAGAAAAAUCCCUUGUUCUUUCA